CUGCGCAUGCUCAAUGCCGGACAGACCGGUGUCCAGUCAGUGUCUGCUCACAUUGAUCAGAUGCGUUUGCCUCAUAUGCUCCGGUCCCGUUAGUUACAUUCUGUUUGCCUUCGCGUUAUUAUUGCCAAAUCUGCGGGGUUGAUGUGUUUAAACGCACACUGUAGAUUUAAAUCCAGACAUUUAUUCACUCUCAUAUUCCACCUGCACUGCACCUGAUGUCGGCAUAGGCACGCGCUCGCAAGGAUAAUCAUCUUAGAACUAGAGCCAUGGAGACGGUCAUUCACUUCAUGAAUGACUCGGUAGAGUUUUAUAAAUGGAGCCUUACCAUAGCAGACAAGCGUGUGGAGAAAUGGCCGAUGAUGUCAUCGCCGCUCCCCACCCUGGGGAUCAGCGUCCUCUACCUGCUGUUCCUGUGGGCCGGACCCCUUUACAUGCAGAACCGCGAGCCUUUUCAGCUCAGAAAAACACUCAUCGUGUACAACUUCAGCAUGGUGCUGCUUAACUUCUACAUCUGCAAAGAGCUGCUCUUGGGCUCCAGAGCGGCCGGAUACAGCUACCUCUGCCAGCCCGUCAACUACUCCAAUGAUGUUAAUGAAGUCAGGAUAGCGUCGGCUCUGUGGUGGUACUACAUCUCGAAGGGAGUGGAGUUUCUGGACACAGUGUUCUUCAUCAUGAGGAAGAAGUUUAACCAAGUCAGCUUCCUGCACGUCUAUCACCACUGCACAAUGUUCAUCCUGUGGUGGAUCGGCAUCAAGUGGGUCCCUGGCGGACAGUCUUUCUUUGGAGCUACAAUUAACGCUGGCAUUCACGUGCUGAUGUACGGCUACUACGGCUUGGCGGCGUUCGGCCCAAAGAUCCAGAAGUACCUGUGGUGGAAGAAAUACCUCACUAUUAUUCAGAUGAUCCAGUUCCACGUGACCAUUGGCCAUGCCACGCACUCUCUCUACACGGACUGCCCGUUCCCGGCCUGGAUGCAGUGGGCUCUGAUCGGUUACGCCGUCACGUUCAUCAUUCUGUUCGCCAACUUCUACUACCAGACCUACCGCCGCCAGCCACGGCUCAAGUCAGCCAAAUCUGCCGUUAACGGCGUCUCCACGGCGACCAAUGGCACCAGCAAGGCACCGGAGAUCACGGAAAACGGAAAGAAACAAAAGAAAAGAAAAGGAAAACAUGACUGAAAAGAAACACGGAAACAGGGUUCAAAAAUGCCCAUGUAACCUCAACCAUUACAGACUGUUUGGUAAUUGUACAAACGAAAUUGGUCUUUGUUUUGGUUAGCUUGCUCAUUGUGUUUCAAACUAUAGGGACAACGCAACCAAUUCUGUGUGACGUCACUUUCAUCUCCAGACUACUUGUGAAAAUGUUAUAAUCUCAAAAUGCCGCAUCUGAACGGCAAACUACUUCAUUUAUCACCACAGAAUGACAGAUACAUAUGCUUUUUCACUGAAACAGAAACUGAGCUAAUUCUCAUAAAGUUUUUAUCUCAUAUAUGUAUAUAGGCAGCUGAUGAAAGAUUCUUACAUAAAUGGCUCGUCUGGAUGCUUCACAUGUCCUUCCUCUGGUCUCGGUUGUCUUCACACUCUUGAAUCCUGAAACAAGUGAUGUGGAGUCAUUAAAGGCCCAAGAAUUAAUCAUAACACAUGCAAAUAAUCACGCAAAUCUUUCAUAGCUAUAAUUAUUGUCUGUUUGAAUCUUAAAUUGUGGUGAGACAGUGGUGUUUAAGGACGCGAUUUUUAAAGGGGCAAUACAAUUCAACCAAAGAAAAUCACUGUAUAUUUUCCAUUAGAUACGUUUCAUUUCAUUUUCCUGUACUAAACGAAUUCCUGAGAAUGCAUGCAGUAAUGAUGCUAUCAUGGCUUUAUACUCGGGUAGUUUUACAUGUUUUUGUUCACAUGUAAAUUUAGACACACAAACACACACACACACUUGUGUCCUUAAUAUCUAUUGCUUUGUGCGUGUAGCUUUUAUGAAGCUUUUGCAAGUCAUAUUGCAUUACAGCUACACUAAUUCAGCUUUUUGUUCCCUUUUAUAAACAAAAUUCCCAGCAAAAAAUAUUUAUAAACAAAAAUCCUUAGGAUAGACAGCUCUUAGAACGUGCUAUUUAUGCGGUAUAUUUUCUGUAUGAAUGAAGCUCACACAGGCUGUUUGUGAUCUGCACAUUGUGAUUUUGUUAGCAAGACAUUCCUCUCCGAAAAUCUAGUCCUAACCCUACGCAUAACUUCCCUAAAAUCAGAGGGAAAUGAUAGGUGGAUAACACUGAUGUAGAAGCCUAAACUUCCCCUUCAAAUCUGAUUGAUUGAUUGAAAUGUUGUUCAGAGACAGUUGAUCCAGGAUAGUGUUGAACUUGGUGAAAUCACGUUCAUCUUCAAUGUUCCUCUUAUAAUAAAAAAAUAUAACAAUUGAUACAAAACUGAAUGAAAUAAACAGGAUGUCAACCUCA